GCCUUGUCGAUUGGCAGCGUGCAUACGCGGGCAGCCGGACGACGCGAGCGCGUCCACGCGGGCAGCACCAACCCACCUCGCGCGCGACGCCUGACCUCUGCGAGCGUUUGCAGCAAUGCCCACGGCCACCGAGCGGCUCCUGGGCCGCACCUACCGCCCGCCCGGCUACGAUCCAGGGGAUAGGCCGGGCUACUCGCCGGCGCGGAGCACGCGCAAGCGCGCAGUCGCGGCCGACGACGUCGACGUUAGAAUAGAGGAGGCGCCGAAGCCGCCGCCGCCCGCGGGAGCUCGAUCGUGGGACGCGGCCAAGGUCGCAUCGGUGGUGGACGCGUGCUGCGAGCAGUGUAGCAUCGCCGCGUGCUCCGAGCUGUUUCUGAAGCACGGCGUGGAUGGCGAGGUGCUCGAAAGCUUAUUAAACGCACCCGCGGCGGAACUCAAGUUGCUGGGCGAGGGCCCCGGCGCCGCGUGCCAAGCCGCUUCAAUAAUCGCCGGCUACGGCGCGCGGUGCAAGCUCCACGCGCGGCUCAAAAAAUGUGUCGAGGACCACAGGAAAUCACUCAAGGCGGUCGAGGACGCGCGGGCGGCUUUACAAUUGGAUGCGGACGGGCGGGAGCAGCUGACACGGCUAGCCGGAAGUGAACCGGCCUACGAGCUUUUGGACCCGUCGCUGCGCGUCUCAAAGCCCAUCAAGUCCGACAAGACGCGGCAGGUCGUCGUACCUGUGUAUCUUACAUUAAUGAUCAAAAAAUUAGUGGCGUCGCGAUCCGAGGCGGACGAGGACGGCAUCUCGCUCGUGGGUACGCUCAUACAACGGCCGCUGCUCUACGACCUUGCAUCAUUGCCGCGCUGCUCCGGUAAAACGGCGACGCCCUACUUUGCGACGCGAGUAAACGAGGGCGAGACGUCGGUGGAAGGGUGUUUUGACGAGAGGAAAGUCGCAUCUACUUCACAAUCUAUGCAUGGUGGUGUCUGGCGCGCGACGUCCACGACCUUCGCGGCCAAUGUACCCAUGAAAUUAUAUAGCGUUUUCAGCGCCCACCCCUUCCACAUCAUGGCGGCCGAGGUCAUGAUCGAAUUGACCUCCUUCACUUCUGAGACAGGCCACGAACUGAGACCGUCCAUUCUGUGUCAUGUCAAGGAUUUCAGGAACCUAGUACGAGUCAGGGACUACGACUCCCCGUCAAAGAUGGACGAGAUGAAGAAGUGGGAGAUCAUGAACUCGUCACCUACCGUAGAAUACGAGGCCGACGGCGACGGGAUUGAGGGAAAGAAGCCCUUUUAUACUCCUAAGUUGAGAGUGACGUUCUACCUGUAUCGCGAUGCGCGCCAACCGUUCCUGGAGACGAUCGCGCCGAUCAUCUUCGCUUUAUUUGCGAACGCGCUGAACGUCGUCUUUUCCAAGCAAUUCGAGGAGUUCCUGGCGAACGUCGUGGCCAUCGGGUUUACGCUCGUGCUGAUGGUGCCUCGGUUAUCUCAAAAUGAAUCAUUUUUAGCUACGUUCCAGGUGAAUCACAUCUACGUGGCGCUGAUAUUUUUAUCUUUAGUGGUAAGUGCGGCUAGCAUACCUCUAUCCCGAAAGUUCGAUCUCGAUGUGAUCUACAUCAAGGGCGCCGCGAUUGGUCUAUCAGUUCUAUCAUUGUUCAUCCCGUUCAUGAAUUUAUGUAUCUACCGACGGUUGCGGCGCGUCUUAUCCGCCUCGCCGCAUACGCGCGUAGCCAAUCCUACGACGUUUAAUGGGAAAGAACAUCAAGUGGACGAGCCCGGCCUGCCAUCUCGCAAGGCUAAGGUCAAACCGAGCGACGUGGGCAACAAGAAGGGGAGCGACGUGCCUUACGGCGAUCUACGCCAGUUCUUCUCGCAACCUGGUAAAGUGGAGAAGGGGCAGAAGCCCCCGCUCCGAUACGACGCAAGAUGCAUCCAUGAAAGUAUCAGAGACUACCUGAACGUCUACGAGGCGAAGCGAGCGAAGCCCUGGACCCAGAAGGGCAAGCGCUUCAUCUGCGGCUUCACGAAGGAGUUCAUGAUGAACACCGCUGAAAAAGGUACAAGAUGGCUGACGUGUGGGGGGAGGAGAGCUAGAGACAAGGCCAUCCGGGACGCGUAAGUUUCUGUUGCUUUG